AUGGUGGUUAAGUCCACGGCAUUGGAGCAACACCUUGCCCAUUUGGAGGAGGUAUUCGGGGAGGCCAGGAAGCAUGGUAUGCGGUUUAACCCCGAGAAGUGUACAUUCGGUGUAGCCGAAGGCAAGUUUCUAGGGUUUAUGUUAUUUGAAAAGGGAAUCCAGCCAAAUCCUAACAAAUGUCAAGCCAUCAUCGAAAUGGCCUGUCCUCGGAAUAUCAAAGAGGUUCAGAGACUUGCCGGUCGGAUUGCAGCCCUCGCUCGAUUUUUGCCAAUCAUGGCAGAAAGGUCUCGGCCUUUCAUCGAGUUGCUCAAAAAAUCUCAAAAAUUUGUAUGGUCCAACGAAUGUGAGGUUGCCUUUGUUCAGUACAAGAGUAUGUUAGCAGCACCACCUGUGCUGACAAAAUUGAAGCUUGAACAAGAGAUGAUUGUUUAUUUGGCCGUAUCAGAUAAUGCCAUCAGUUCGGUCUUACUACAAGAAAUAUUUGAACCGACUCAUGUAUAUUUCAUCAGCCGAACACUUCAAGGUCCUGAAUCUCGAUACCAGUUGAUGGAAAAAGUAGUACUGGCCUUACUACAUACAGCUCGUCAGUUAAGACAUUAUUUCCAAAGCCACAAGAUGGUUGUGCGCACAGAUUGUCCAAUGGUUAAAAUUUUGAGAAAACCAAAGUUGGCCGGUCGGUUGGUAGCAUGGACAAUUGAGCUCUCUCAAUUUGACAUCCAUUUUGAAAAUCGACACCCUCUUAAAGCUCAGGUGCUAGCGGACUUCGUUAACGAAUUCACAGCACAAAAACAACCCAUGUCGGAUAUGUGGAAUCUGCAUAUUGAUGGAUCGUCAAACCGACUAAGUAGUGGAGCAGGAGUUAUACUUGAAGGGCCAAACACAGUCACCAUUGAACAAUUCAUUCGGUUUGGGUUUAAGGCAUCCAACAAUCAAGCCGAAUACAAGGCUUUACUUGCUGGUCUCAGAUUAGCAAAGGAGAUGGGAGUUAAACGUAUUACUGGCUGGAGUGAUUCAAAAAUAGUGGCCGAACAAGUUAAUGAUACAUAUCAAGUUAAGGACUCGGUUAUGCUCCAAUAUUAUCAAGAAUUCAAAAGAAUGACAGAUGAAUUUGAUGAGAUAUGUGUUCGGCACACACCAAGAAACAUGAAUGAACGAGCCGAUAGGCUUGCUAGACUGGCUAGCCAAAGGAAACUUGGGCAAUUGCAAAGCGUAAUCCAUCAGGAAAUCCUCCAACCUAGCAUCACCAAACAAGAGUGCAUGGACAUAGAAAAUAUGCCUCAAAAUUGGAUGACCUCCAUCAUCCAAUACCUUACCAACAGCACCUUACCAAAGAAUCCAGUUUCGGAAAAGAAAAUAAUGAUACACACAGCUAAAUACCUCCUCCUCGGUAAAGACUUGUACAGGAGAGGGAUCUUAACACCCAUGCUUAAAUGUCUUGACGAUGAUCAAGCUAGCUAUGUCAUGAGGGAGAUUCACGAAGGUAUCUGUGGGACCCAUUCGGGCAGACGAACCAUGGUAGCAAAAAUACUCAGAGCUGGGUACUAUUGCCCAACACUCGCUCAAGAUUGCCAUGUGUUUGUAAAGAAAUGCAUUCCCUGUCAACAACAUGAUCCUCACCUACACCAACAUGCCUAUACCCUCCGUCUUAUUAGCUCUCCUUGGCCCUUUGCUAUUUGA